UUACUAUGGUUGAAGUUACGUUUGAUUACUAUCAAUGCUGUUUCUCUAACUACAACAUGCAUAGCCAGUGGUGCUACCUCAGCAGCAAUUGUAAAUAAUCAAGAUACAGAUGUCCACCCAAUGCCGAAUGACACUUCAACGCUGUAUAGAAAUGUUGUGCAACGAUUGCAAGAUUUAUGUAAAGAAGUUCGUGUUAGUGAUGCAAUUACAAAGAAGGUAUGGCCCCGAAACGUUAAAUAUAUAUUUUGUUCUAUAUUUUGACUGUUUUACAAUCUGCAGACAUGCAUGUUUCGGCGGUCUACGCCUCGUUAGUGCAGCUUGCAGGUAGACGUCUAGAUACGCGAUGCAAUCGUAUUUAUAUCGCAUGAACUAGCUCUCACCAAGGCAUGUGGUACGACACGACUCAACGCAACCAUGCAGAAAUGUGCGGAGUGUAAAAGGCCAGAGUGUUCAAACAACAACAAGGGAAGUGAGCUUUGCAUCAUUGGUAAUACACACCGGCCCAUUAACAACUCCGUAGAGUGCUCAACAACACGGAAGAAAUAUAUACUCCCUGCUUUACCCUCUUUGCGACGGAUCUGAUUCGACGGAUCACCGUGGGACUUGAAAAGAUAUCUGUACAUUUGGAUGACCAUGUUACGCACCUGUACGACAGGCAUAGCACUCGCUCCUUUGAUGUCCAAUGACAAGCAGGAGCAAGAUAACUGAACAACUAUACAUAUAUCGCUCUUGAUAGCGGCGAGGAAUCCUUCAUGACUUUCUACCAAGAUCUCAGGUCAUACCUCGAUUCCAAAAACUGAUAAGAUUCUAAUUCUUCGUGCUUUUAACCCUUUAGUGGGACGAGAUCACGAGACCUUGCCUGCAUUAGGGAAGUAUGGUCUUCGCAAGAUGAAUAUUAAUUCACCUCCAGCUUUUCACUGGCUUUGAAUUGCUCAUCUGCAACACCAUUUCGCGUCAGAAGGAUGCCCAUAAGGCUACUUGGACGCACCCAAGAUCCAAACAUGGGCAUAUAUUGUCGAUUACAUGAUCACUCGUGAACGGACCUUCAGGGGCCGGUUGCAGUGCGACUCCUACUUUUAGCUUCUAAAACAAACAAAAGGAGUUGGAUAAAUAGACAACAAGACAAUAAAAUUUUGUUCGCUUGCUUAAUCGCUUUGAUCAGCGAAUCAAAACUUGGGAUAAAAUAUCCAAAUAUCGGACGUUUGUAUCGCUUUAGCCUCAAUGUGUGGGGAAAAGGCAGUUAAAACUCGAGAAUCUGGAUGCAAUUGAUGAUUCCCCUUAUUACGUUUUCGUAGCGCUUUGCAUUGUGGUUAUAGUGGUAUCACUGAUAAAGAUAGCGGCCUCGAAUGAAAAUAUUUAAUGUUUUCGCGAAUAUUUUGCUGUUGGCUAUCUCGCACUUAACCCUAGCUUUAUUUUUAAGUUCUUGCACGGGUCAGGAAAAAAUAAGCCAUCUUGAAUAUUAGUGAUACUACUAUAAACACAAUGCAAAGCGCUACGAAAACGUUAUAAGGGGAAUCGUCAAUUUAACCUGAUGAUACCCCCCCCCCCCCCACCGUAGAUCCAGUUUUGAAAAAACGGCGGUUCAUUAAUGUCCUGCAGAGUUUCCUCAAGGGUUGGUAUUGUAUGGCGCUCACGAAGAAUGGCCUCGCAGACUCGGCUAUCUCCAUUUGAUUUUGGAACCGCCACUAAUGGGGGCACCCAAGGAGUGGGACCAUCGACGUCUUCAAUUAUGUCGAGGUCUUGCAGUUCUUUCAAUUUCAUCUCAACAUCUUUCCAAACAUGAAAUGGGGUACGUCCUAAGGGUUGGGCAGGGCUGCCGAGAGCUUGGCGGGGGCCCGGGGCAACUUUUUUUAGGGGCCAACUUUUUGGGGGGAAAUUUUUCCGGACGAGUACGUUCUAAUUGCUUUCCAGCGACUUUACCUUAAUUUUUCAUGCCAAAUUCCGGUACUUUGCCCAAAAACCCCAAAUAUUUUGCCCUUUGCGAGGAAAUAUUUCACCCAAAAAAAUGACUGGGGGUCAACAAAAAGUUUCUAGGGGCCCCCAGAACCUGUGGGCCCGGAGCAAUUUGCCCCCCCCCCCCCUCUCGGCGGCCCUGAGGUUGGGCCACAGACAUUACAUUGGCAUCAGUGUGGAUGACUAGCUGAUAAUCAGUCAACUUGCCAACUCCUUGAAACACUUUGGAAUGAUUAGACAGGAUCCUGUCCACUGGGCUUUGUGGUGAUACACAAUUGACUGCAGUGUAAAUAGUAGGCGGUCCCACUCUAACCAAGAGAGAGCCACUAUGCAUGUUCUGAACCACUGAAAAUUCUGCAUGUGUACUCACGUUGGUAGCUUUCGAUGAGACAGUGACAGUGAUGGGCCCUUUCACUGGAAUGGGUAUCUCGGCACCAUAUGGAAAUACACGAACCCAAGAUUUUAGGAGUUUUACUGGACAUCUUUUUGUUAACAAGUCAAAUGUGUCUGAAUCGAAGACGUUUACAGUUGACCCAGAGUCAACAAUCAUCUGGAUUUUUGACCAUUAGUAAUUACUGGAACUUUUCUACUUGAGUUUCCAAGGGUGAAAAGAUACUCAUCAUCAGAUGACUCAUUGUCCGCUCUUGGGGCCAUAAAGUGGACAUUCGAACUACGAGAUUGUAGGACAUUUGCCUUUGUCGAAGACUUGCAUACCCUCCCAAAAUGACCCGGUUUACCACAUUUGUUGCAACUCUUCCCAUUUGCAGGGCAGGAAGGAUAUUUGGCUUUGUGGCCAGACAAACCACAGCAGAAGCAUGUGAGGCCAACAGUAUUACCUCGACGUUGUCCGAGAUGACGACUUGAAUGUGUGUGCUUUUUAAGCUAUAGGCAUCAACAGCACUUGCAGAAUCUUGGCUGUGAGAUGCAGAGAAAAGCGUAAGCAUCUCCAUUUGGCUAGCUUGCCUUUCAGACACUACAGUGUUUUAACCAGUCCCCGAGCGUUGUAUACUCCGAAGAGACCGAAAAUGGCGUAACUGCCGGUAGUUGAAACAUUUAAAAGACUACACGUUUCGUAUAGAAGUAAUUUUGUUAAUCCUCGUCGCCAAUUUUGUGUUGUCUUUGUUUUAUUUUUACAACAACAUCAACGUAUAAGAAUCGUAUAUGAAAACAUCCGCCAUCUUGCUUUUCCUAUCUAUCUCAUCCCAGCCCCCAACCGUGUACACAAUAGAAAAGACUCUCAAAAUACGACAAGAGAGAAGUCUAUAUUACUACUGCAGUUAAUGGUUAUAAUACAAUAUGAUUGGUUACAUAAGUCACAACACUUUAGGCUCUCCAAUCUAAUUCUCUCUGCAGAAUGUAAUUAGUCUCCCCAUAGGAGUGAAGCAUUCUUGCAAAUGUGAUGUACCUGUACAAAUUUACAAUUACUAUUUCCUUUCAGUUCCCUCUGUAUGGCCCAUUGCCUACUCGAUGGAAGGCAUACUUAGAUUGUUCAUAUGAUGACUUGCUGAUAAAUUUGCUAAAUGCUGCACAAGUUUCAAUUCAAAUUAUACAAACACUUGGCCAAGGUAAAGUAGGAUCAAAUUUUAUCCAUGCAAAUUUUUGUCCAUACUCAUAGUGAUGAAUUAAGCCAUAGAGUAAUCUUACCUUCAAGGGUUAUGAAAGACAGAUUGUACAAUGAGACAUCCACAGCAAUGAAUACCACUAUUUGUUAUGUCUUUGUUUUCUUUGAAGAAGGUGAUUAUAGCCAUUCCCUUUUUCUGACCACUUAUCAAAAUUCAAGUCUUUAUACAUGAUUAUGUGCAAAAUGGCAUGCUCUUGUAAUUUGGUGAAAAUAAUUCGAUUUAAUUGCCUUAUAAUUUUGAAUAGCGAAUAAUAGUAUCACUUUUGAUUUGUGAAACACCAUGUCUAUUUAUUAUUUGCAAAUGAUACAGUAAGUUUGAUGCUGAUAUGAAUUCAUUUUAGUUGCCGGUUGUGAAAUUUAUCAAAUUGCAUCAAAAUUGACCUGCCCUUUGUAGUACUUUGAUGCGACAGAGAGUAUUAAUAUUACAUUUGUUUGGUUUUUUAUAUACGAAAGAUAAUUUAUGUUUAAUCCCCGAGCCAACGGCGCGAAGCGCCGUUCCGGCCGUUAGCCCGGGGCGAGGGCACUAAUUCCGCCCGGCUGUUCAGAAAUCAUGUCUGGAUAAAGUACUGGAACGAACGAACGUGCAGAAAUACACAAACCAAAACAGCGAGUUAAAUACUAACCAAGGGUUAGCGCUUACAAUGCAUACAAAAUCAGCAUGUCAUGAAGGACAGGAUAAUAUCGCACAUGCAUGUAUAUGCCUCUUGGAAAUAUUUUAAGGUGUUUACGUCCCUAUUUUUAUGGCAAGCAUCAUUUCCGGACUGUGAUUGGCUGAGAAACACUUUCAGCGGUCCAUUAUUUGUCCAUGUAGGGGGGGGGGCCAUUACUUAAAACCAAACAGGAAAACUAAUUGAAAAUGUGAAAUUGUAGUUUAAUUGGUUAUUAAUAAGAUAUCUGCGAAUGGUGUUUAGUGGAAAAGAAGGGAUAGGCCUACAUUGAUAUUUUUGGUUUUCGUCGCUACUAAUAUGCUACCACGCUACUACUAUGCAUUUCAAAUCAUGACUUGUUUUUUUCAAGUAUAAAUGCCAAUAAAUGGCAAAUAAUAAACUUUUUAUUAACCUCGCUUGCUCGGUAUGUACAGAGAAAUAUCGGACCUCGAUAUUUUUGUACAAACCUCGCCCUACGGGGCUCGGUCUGUGCAAAAAAGACCUCGGUCCGAUGUUUUUCUGAUAUACCUGGUUGCAGUGAACGAACAAACUUUAAGAAAAGAUAUUUCUUUUGUUUGUAACCAUGUGACGUCAUCUACUCAAUUACAUGUAUAAUGAGAUAUCAGUUAUUGUUGUGUAUCUUUGCUAUUUUUGAUCGAUUUGUUAAAAAACACAUUAUGCUUAAUGAUGUAGGUUAAUUUAACAAACGCGCCGCAUCUUUCGAAAUAUUUUGAUAAAAAUAGCAAACAUUAGCAAAAUACAUAACAAUUACUGAUAUCUCAUUAUAUAUGUAAUUGAGUAGAUGACGUCACAUGGUUACAAACAAAAUGAAAUAUCUCAAGAACUAAGCUUCAAAACGAGUUAUUAUACAGUUUUACGAGCACUUUCGUUUAAGAAAAUAAAAAUUUUGAUCACACUGCCCCUUUAAAGGAAAAUUGACGUAGUUUUAACGAAAAAAUAAUAUUACUAACGUCGAGGCUGUUGCAAACAAGUUAAUUUCGCGAAGACGAGUUUUGACAAGUUUUUAUAAUUUUAAACAAAACUGGUAGAAAAACUGUAUUAAUGUCCCAAAUUCUUUUCUAGCAUAUCGCUUGUCGUAUGUUUGAAAUUGACAAAACAUCUGAAAAGGGUUGAGGGACCAUGAAAAAAGCCUCGAUUCGCAACUGUCCAAUAAGUUCCUGUACAAUAUCGUAAAAUAUUGGAUCGGCACGUGACCCUUUCAACGAUUACUACAGAGGUUAAGAUACCAAAGUUCCGGUUUACGGGUUCGAGUAUCGCCAUUUUGUUUACCAAUUUUUAUGUCAGCAUUUUUACCCAUAAUUUCUACCCGUUUCCCCGCGGUAAACCGUUGUCUACACGUAAAAGACAAACGUGUACGGGUGUUUUCUGUUUACUAUUUGUGGCCUGUAUAAACAGUAAAAAUUUUCAACAUCUUAUCCAAUUAAAUAAUGCACAUAUGCUUGUCAAAGUUUUUAACAAUCAAUGGCGAGCCUCAACAGCGAAAGUUACCAUUCUCUUGCAUUUCUUAAGUUACAAGUCGUUCCCCAAUUUACGGGUAUACUUUUAUUAUCACCCGUAUACCCGUAAACUGGGUUUUUUAACUGACUGGUUACGUGCGCGUGAUUGUACAAUAAUGGCUUAGGAAGAACCAUGCUAUGAAGUUCAUACUCGAAGAAUAAUCACUCUACAAGGUGUUGCCAUCAUAUCUUUUCAUUUGCAAAACACUUGGGUCAUUUAUCUGCAUUUCAAUGUAUCGAUACAUUUAAGUUUAUUAAUUUCAUCUUCAUCGAUGUUGGUUGCAAAUUAAAUAAAUACUGUAAAAGUCCUUGCUUUAAUCUUAAUAAAAAUAUCUAGGUAAAAUAUAAUUUAAUGAAUGUAAAACAUAUGUCAUUACUGUGGAGCAAAUUUCUGUUUACUUAAUAAAAUAUAUUAAUACUUCUUGUAUAGGUGAUAAAUUACAGGAAUGUGUAAGCGUGAUAAAAACGGAUUUACUGAGGUCCUUAAAGAUUUUAAAAG